CGCAUGUGUAUAACCUGCAAGGAAGGACCCAAGAGAAAAAAUCCAGACUAUCCUUUGAUUCAAGACAACAUGCAAGAAGACCCCCAGGCCAAGCCACUGGCACCUGUUGAGUAUUAUCCUAGAAGCGACAUGGAGGUUGGGGGGAUUAAACCGGCGGCGUCACAACGAGAAGAAAAGAGCAGUAAAUGUCUUGUUUAUGUUCUUCUUGGAAUGGUCAUACAGGGGGCGGUCUUGUUAAUCUUUGCGAGUAUUGUUUUACGUGCCAGAACUCCUGAUGUUGAGAUCGUAUCAGUCACGGUUAGAAAUCUCAAGUAUGGCAAUUCGUCGGCUCCAUCUUUUAACCUUACACUUGUAACCGAGAUUACUGUUGAGAACAGCAAUUUCGGAGAUUUCAGGUUUGAGAACACUACCGGGACUGUUUGGUGUGGUUCUGUAGUUGUUGGAGAGAUGAAAAUACCUACAGGGAGAGCCCAAGCUAGGGCAACAGAGAGGUUGAAUGUUUCUGUGGAUGUAAGCUCACUUCGGACACCAGGUACGAAGAACUUAAGCUGUAAUAUAAGUUCUGGACUGUUAGAGCUGAACAGCCAUGUCAAACUGAGCGGAAAAGUGAGUAUUAUGGAUAUUAUGAAGAGGAGAAGGCAUCCGGAGAUGAAUUGUUUCAUGACCCUCAAUUUGACAGAGCAUACCAAACAGGAUUUUCCGUGCAAAUUAUAUGAGGGAUGAACUUCUUCCCCUGUUCUUAAUUUUGGCUUCGCAGACUUGUCUUGGUUUCAUUAAACAGAUAAGCGUAUAGGAUCACAUAUGUAUAAUUAAAAUUUUUUUAUUAGAGAAUCCCAUGUUCUUGGAGAACAAAUUUUGUUAAUAGUUAUGAAAUAUAGAUCUUUGCUUCAUGAUUUUGAUGA